AACUCGCACACUUCCUGCUCUCGCUCAGUUCCAUCAUCGGUGAAGGCAGCGGGAGAGCAGAGGAGGGAUGGCGGAGAAGAGCCCUGACCCGAGCGGCUCGAGCGCUCGCAGGUGUCCCGCUCUUUCUCCCGGAGAGAGACCGCAGCCGUGUACAAGCGGCUCGUCCAAAUGGGUUCGUCUGAACGUCGGCGGCACGUACUUUCUCACGACGAGACAGACGCUGUGCAGAGACCCGAAGUCUUUCCUGUACCGCCUGUGCCAGGCCGACCCCGACCUCGACUCUGAUAAGGAUGAAACGGGUGCUUAUUUGAUAGACCGCGAUCCCACGUAUUUUGGUCCGGUGCUCAACUAUCUGAGACAUGGAAAGCUGGUGCUGAACCGAGGCCUAGCAGAGGAAGGCGUGCUGGAGGAGGCCGAGUUUUACAAUAUCACUUCACUGAUUAAACUGGUCAAAGACAAAAUCAGGGAGAGGGAUUGUAAGACAGCUCAGCUGCCCGUGAAGCACGUCUACAGAGUCCUGCAGUGUCAGGAGGAGGAACUGACACAGAUGGUCUCCACCAUGUCAGAUGGCUGGAAGUUUGAACAGUUGGUUAGUAUCGGCUCUUCGUACAACUACGGAAAUGAAGAUCAAGCAGAGUUCCUCUGCGUGGUCUCCAAGGAGCUGCACAAUCAGUCGUACGGCACAAACAGCGAGCCCAGUGAAAAGGCCAAGAUUCUUCAAGAACAAGGCUCUCGAAUGUGAAACAACUGUGUUUUUAUAUCCUCCGGUCCCGCGGUUGCUGGGCAAAACAACACGCACCAUAUCACAUCGAGAAAGCAUUUGUCGAGCGGAAUGACAACCUAUUUGGAAUGGAUGUCCUGUUUAGUUUUAGAUGAAUUGACACUUGUUUGUGCCUGCACAGUUAUACCGGACUGUUGUUUCUUGACAUGGGCGGAUCUAUCUGAAUUGUUUUGUUUGAAAAGGUAGGAAUAUGCAUGUCAUUAGUAAGCUGAGCAAAAAGGGCCUCAAUCACGCCUGGUCCAAUCAUGUUUACUCAGGGUCUCUUAUUGACUUUCACAAAAAUCAUGUCAUUUGUGGUCCAGUGAGCAAUUUUGUUAAAAUGAGAAAAAAAAAAAACUAAACAAAAAACAACUGUAUAUUAUGCCAGAAAGUUGAACCUCGUUGUUUAAAAUGAUGAUUAAGAGAGUGGAGUGUUUUUUUUUUUUUUUUUUAAGCAUAAGUAUUUUUUUUGAUUGAGAUUAAGGUGGAGAUAUAUAUAUAUAUAUAUAUAUAUAUAUAAAACGUUGAGAGAUGGUGGAUUUUUAUAGCAAGGAUUUUUGUUUUAGCAUGUUUGUAAGAACAGGCGGGAUUUGAUUUGAUUUUAAUAUUUUUGACUCACAUAGUGUUAGUAUUUAUACCAGAAGGGUGAAAGAACCUCUGUAACAGUUUGCCUCAAAGUUUCCUCACGUUUUGUGAGGUUUUACUGUUGCUGCCUUGAGUUGGUUAAAAACAGAACAGAAAAAGUUGUCUUCCAUCCCCACAUUCAUUCCACUUGGAUUUUGGAUAAACUGGAACUAUUUUUUUUGGUGGGGGGGGGGGUACUUUGUGACAGAGCUAUAUGUGAUUUAAUCGGAGAAUUAAGGCGACGCCACGAAGGCAUUGGGUCUGAUUUGUUUUGGCAAUACCGCUUCGAACAACGCUUUAUUUACAUGACAGCGACUGUUAAUUAGUGGCGUUGUAGGGCUUUUUUCUGGUAAGAGACGGAGACAGAACGGGCACUUCUAGAAGAGAAACAAAAUAAGUAAAUUACUUCUACAUAGUUUAACACUGCGGUUCUCGAUUUGCUUCGGUUUUAACUUUUUGAGAGUUGAAUCCAAAUAAUACGUAAUCCUGUAGUUUAUUAAAAACAUUUCGACAAUGUUGCCUUUAACGAACCUACACAAGAUCUGAAUUUCAUUUGGAAUUGUGGUCAGGGAAAUAACACAUCACUUUGCUAGGCUUCAAGCAUAUAUCUAUUUGACAUCGUGUAUAUAGACUAAAGAGCAUCAUACUCAGUGCAUGUUAUUUUUCCUAAUCCUCUCUCUCACACACACACUUACACACACACACACACAAAGGGCUUUUACUAGUGGAAUACAAGCUAUAAUUUUUUUGCAGAGAUUCAUCCGAUCUCUGAAUAUUGCCUGAUCGAGGCGAAGUUUACAUGGCUAGUAUUUUCUAAACAAUAAUACUACACGUUUACUUACCUUGACUAUGUGACAGCACAUUCUAGUUUGGUUUUCAAGACCUGUAUGUUUACAUAUCCUCUCAGUUACCUAGUUAGUUGACGUCAACCUUGUGUCUUAGCAGCUAGAGAGGAGGUUUGGAUCGGUAUCGGUGGAGUGUUAAGUCAGUGUCGUGGUGAGACGUGCCUCUGUUAUGACCUCCCAGGCUCCAGACAGCGCGCUGAAAACCCCCGUCGUCCAGGCCGGGACACUGGAGAGUGCUGGUCAUCACUGUGGAGGGCGCUGCAGCCCUUAAACGCAGUUUUAUUAUUCUUUUUUCUUUAUGUCCUGCCUCCAAGUUCUUGGUGGAGAAAGUAGGAUGCACACACUGAUGCACCGAUUUCACUUCUCCUUCAUGUCUGCUGGACUUUGUCAGCCACGGUCUACAUUUCAGCUGCCCGUUUACUUAAACUUGUUUCUGAUGGGCCCUGGUGAGUUUGUUGUUUUUGUUUUCCCAGAGGCUGGUGUCUCACCUUUUUUUUUUUUUUUUUUUCUCUCUCUCUCUCUCUCUCUCUCUCUCUCUCCAUGUAAAGCGUGCAAUCUGCAAAAUGUAUUUUGAAAAACGGGCAAAAGCAGACCGAGUUGUCUUUUGCUCCACUUUGUCACUGCUGUUCCUAUACUUAUUAUUAUCCUAUAUAACAUGUUUUUGUAUUUGUAUUUUUUUUAUGCUUACAAUUUGUGUAUUCACAUAGUAUAUUAUAUAUGUAAUUGCAAGUUAAGACUGGGGAAAAUGUAUAUUAUGGUAAUGCUAGAACCUGGUCAAACUAAAUAAACACUUUUGAAUUCA